CGUCAUUCGUAGUCGACUCGUGGCUCUCUCUUCAGCUUCUGCAAGUACGAGCAGAUCUCUCUCCCUCUCUCUCUGUCUGCCUUUUUGCUUUUGUAAGCCUCUCUCGGAGUUGUCCGGUUCAUCCUACCUUUCCACCAGAGUGACGACUUUCAAUUUCCGUCAGCCGAAUCAAUUGAUUGAUUUCUUUUGUCGCUUGGACUUUUCGUGCAACGAAACGGAGACCGCAUCUCACACUCCCCCACUCACCUCUGCAUCAAGCGACGGAAACAAAAUGGUUGAUGUCUUUCGUCCCCUCUUUCGGACCGUCGAAGAUCGUGUCGCGAACCGUCGCGAACAACUGAGAAAGGCGCAAAAAACAUUUAGAGAACGACGUGAUCAAUAUCUCAAAAGCCUCGAACAACAGGUGCAGAGACUUCAAAAAUCCGAGUCCGACUUACAGACUCAAGUUGACCGUCUCGAGCGUGAACUUGCCGAGGCGACGAAUCGUUUAGCCGUCAUCGAUAACAAGAGGAACGGAUUCGCACAGUACCCUUAUCAAAAUCAAAACCAGAAUAGUUUUCGAGCAGACCGAAACAACAACAACAGCAGCAGCAGCACAACCUGGGAGACAAACAACUGGGAAACCAACGACUUUAUAUCCCCGCAAUCCCAGUCUCACUCUCAGUACCAAUUCCAGCCCCAUGGAGGUGUCAGCAAUGAAAAAGUCAACAGUCAGACUCGGAGUCCAAGUGGCAGUGGCAGUGCAGUAGUCUGGGUUGAAAGUCAGAAUGACAAACCCUGGCAGAUGCACGUAUUGUCGUCCACGACAAAGACAGAUUCUGUUCCUGGUAGUAAUCGUCAACCACAGUGGCCAUUGAGUCCAAUCAGCUUGGAGAGUGAGAAUACGAAUAAUACUUCAUCACCUCAAGAUUGGUAUUCUCGUUCAAAUUUUACAGAUCAACAACCUCAAUAUGACAGUUCUCAACUUUCCAAAGAAUCUAUUUUUACCGUCAGUUCGGGAUACGUGGCGCAGCUCGACCUUGUGAUUGUGGCCAUGGAAUUCGUGUUAAAACUCGAAAGACCUUGUCUUCCACAUAUCCACCAACCAGAUGACGAUGGGAAUCAGACAGCACCCCCGGGUCACGUCCAUACCGCCACCGCGGCAUUACUAUGCAGCAGCAGCAACAACAACAACAACAACAACAACAACACCGCCGUCGCGCCCACACAUGACAUUUGUUCUCGUUCGUGGAACGCACCGACCGAGGUCCUGCGUCGACUUUUGGAGGCGUCGAGUACUCUCCCUGUCGAACAAGGUCUGGAGGUCACGCCGAUCCAAGUGUGGCACAUGAUAAGUCAAUCUCGUGGGUUUGCGUCGAUGAAGGUCGAAAAGUUGACGGUGAUAUCGGAUCGAUUAUUGGCACAGAUCAAGUGUUACGGGUUCGGUGCCGUUCUGAAACAUGAUCAAAUCAAAAGGAUGAUUGCGGAUAUUUGAUUUGAACCUGAAUCAAGUUCUGACAAAAUGAGAUGCGUUGAUACUGCUGGUUGAUGGUUUGUCGUGACGAAUACUUUCACCAACAGAAAAAAACACGCCAUGACACGGAAAAAUAUUGGGAAUUAUUGCAUGUCACCUUUGUUUGUCUUCCAUACUGUAUCUCGCCGACUCUGGGGGAGGGGGGGAGGUUUAUCUGCUUCGAGGUUGUUUCCUAGCCGCCAAAUCAUGCAAAUCCUCGUUAUCCCCAACCUUGACAGACUCGUCGAUCUUUUCGCCUUUGUCUUGGGGGCCCGCGGACCCCAAAGAUGAGUCUCUCAGAGCCUCGUCCACGCUCUCACUCAAACUCAUGCCGCCUCCUAUUUCUGGUAGUAAUGAAAACGUCGAG